AUGCCACGAACAGCUCUCCAUGCUUCUGGAAAGGAUUACACUCCUUCAUCCGGAGAGGAGCGAAAAAAUUUCAUGACGAUCUUCGCUCCUGCUCCUGAGCCAAAGACUGAAUUAGGAAGAUACAAGAUUCUUUCUCCAAAUGCAGGUGUACGAGUCUCACCACUAUGUCUCGGAGCCAUGUCAAUUGGUGAUCAGUGGAAAGGAUUCAUGGGCGGUGGAUUAGAUUAUGAUAAAGCUGAAGAAUUCUUGGAUUAUUUCUAUCAAGCAGGUGGAAAUUUCAUUGAUACAGCUUGCAAUUAUCAAGAUGAACAAUCCGAAACUAUCAUCGGAGAAUGGAUGGAGAAGAGAGGUAUAAGAGAUGAGAUUGUAGUUGCGACGAAAUAUACCACAUACGGACUCGAUCGAAAAGAAGGUAGAUUCCAAGGUAUCGCAGCGAAUUAUGUCGGAAAUUCCAAAAAGAAUCUUAGACUUACCGUUGAAUCUUCUCUUAAGAAACUCAGAACCGAUUAUAUCGAUUUACUUUAUGUUCAUUGGUGGGAUUACUCAACCUCAAUUCCCGAGAUCAUGCAAUCUCUAAAUGAUUUGGUAAAAUCUGGGAAAGUAUUAUACCUCGGAGUUUCCGAUACCCCUGCUUGGGUCGUCUCACAAGCGAAUGAAUAUGCUAGACAAAAUGGUUUGGCUCAAUUUGCUGUCUACCAAGGAGCAUGGAGUUUAGCCCAAAGAGAUCUAGAAAGAGAUAUUAUCCCCAUGGCUAGAACCAAUGGAAUGAGUAUCGCGCCCUGGAACUGUCUCGGAGGAGGUAAAUUCAAAACUCCAGAAGAGAUUGAAGAACGUAAGAAAGCAGGCACUCUAAGAGCUGGAAUGGAACCUACUCCAAACCAAGUCAAAGCUGCUCAAGCAUUAAAAGAAGUGGCUGAUGAAUUGGGUGGUGAUCUUAAAUUACCCAAUAUCGCUCUCGCUUGGGCACGACAAUCAGUAGCGGAUUGUUUCCCACUUAUUGGUGGUACUAACAUUGAGAAUCUGAAAUCCAACAUCGAUUCACUCAAAAUCACUUUAUCUUCUGAACAAAUGGAAAAAUUGGAUAAAGCAGUCGAUUUCGAUUGGGGUUUCCCUCAUGAUUUCGUUGGUAGAGAUCCUCAUUACCUUCCAGGCGGUGUUCCACAGAAUCCUUUAUUGGCUAAUGCCGCACAUCAUCAAUACACUGUCUUGCAUUGA